AUGCUUGAACCAACAAAGAAAGUGGAAUACACAAAAAUAGUGAGUGAUCAAGGAACUAAUCUAGGUGAAGCUAUACAAAUCUCUCUUUCACUGGAAGAUAGACAACGUAUCUAUGAGCCAUGGAAAUUCUCUAUUAUAAUCAAGUUAGUAGGGAAACGUAUGCUACACCAUUACCUAAAGAAGAAGAUCCAAGAUCUAUGGAAACCAACGGAGGAGUUCUCUUUAAUUGAUCUUGGUGAGGACUAUUACAUAAUCAAGUUCACAAAGAAAGAAAAUAUGGAUAAAGCUAUUCACCUAGGACCAUGGUUCAUAAAUGGUCAUUUCCUAUCUAUCUCCAAAUGGAAACCAAACUUUGUGGCUAGAAAUGAAAAACUAACUUCCUCGGCAGUUUGGGUAAGGCUGCCCCAAUUACCAACUGAAUUCUAUGAUGGGAGAAUCCUAGCAAAACUUAGUAAUGCAAUAGGACGCCUUCUAAAAAUUGACACAUGCACCUCAACUACCCUAAGAGGUCGUUAUGCAAGAAUUUGUGUCGAAAUUCCCCUGGAAAUUCCAAUUCAGCCUUUCCUAUUUGUUGGAGACCACAAGCAAGAUAUACUCUAUGAAGGGGAGGAUUUUCUUUGCAAAAAUUGCGACCGUUUUGGUCACACACUAAGACAAUGCAACUAUAUCAAGAUGCAAAACUUGGAUCCUCACCAUGCAGGACAAGAACAUCAACAAGUAGCUCCACAAGAAGCUUGUGAUUCUGAAUGGAAAACUGUCUCCUUCAAUAAAAAGAAGAAUCAAGGCAAAAAAACUCCUAAUCAAAUGCCUACCAUCCAUGCAAAUGGCAACCAAAGUCCAGGUAUUCCGGUUAAACUAUUCGAUGCAAAGACAGUGCCGAUCAACGGCCAAGAAGCCAUGGUGAUCUUGCACAACAAUGAAUACCAAGCUCAACUUAUCACGGAGGGGGUGAGAUUGGCAAUGAACAUCUAUCUAAACUAA